AUGUUAACAUUUCAUGUGAAGACUGUGUCACUACUACAUCCUUCCCUUCAAACUGUGUCACUACUAACUUCAUUCCUUACCCUUCAAACUGUGUCACUACUACAUCCUUCCCUUCAAAACUGUGUCACUACUACAUCCUUCCCUUCAAACUGUGUCACUACUACAUUCUUCCCUUCAAACUGUGUCACUACUACAUCCUUCCCUUCAAACUGUGUCACUACUACAUCCUUCCCUUCAAACUGUGUCACUACUACAUCCUUCCCUUCAAACUGUGUCACUACUACAUCCUUCCCUUCAAACUGUGUCACUACUACAUUCUUCCCUUCAAACUGUGUCACUACUACAUCCAUCCCUUCAAACUGUGUCACUACUACAUCCUUCCCUUCAAAUUCUGACACUACUACAUCCUUCCCUUCUAACUUUGACAAUUCGACAUCCUUCCCUUCAAACUUUGACACUACUACAUCCUUCCCUUCAAACUUUGACACUACUACAUCCUUCCCUUCAAAUUUUAUCAAUACUACAUCCUUCCCUUCAAACUUUGACACUACUACAUCCUUCAAUUCAAACUUUGACACUACUACAUCCUUCCCUUCAAACUUUGACUCUACUGCAUCCUUACCUUCAAACACUGACACUAGUGCUUCCUUCCUUUCAAAGUGUGUCACUACUACAUCCUUCCCUUCAAACGUUGACACUUCUACAUCCUUCCCUUCAAACUUUCACGUUACUACAUCCUUCCCUUCAAAGUUUGACACUUCUACAUCCUUCCCAUCAAAUUUUGACACUACUGCAUCCUUCGAUUCAAACUGUAUCACUACUACAACCUUCCCUUCAAACUUUGACACUACUACAUUCUUCCCUUCAAACUUUGGCAGUACUACAUCCUUCCCUUUAAACUGUGUCACUAUUACAACCUACCCUUCAAUCUGUGUCACUACAACAACCUUCCCUUCAAACUUUGACACUACUACAUCCUUCCCUUCAAGCUUUGACACUACUACAUCCUUCCCUUCAAACUUUGACGCUACUACAUCCUUCCCUUCAAUCUGUGCCACUACUAUAUCCUUCCCUUCAAACUUUGACACUACUACAUCCUUCCCUUCAAAUUGUGUCACUACUACAUCCUUCCCUUCAAAGUGUGUCACUACUACAUCCUUCCCUUCAAACUUUGACACUACUAUAUCUUUCCCUUCAAACUUUGACACUACUACAUCCUUCCCUUCAAACUUUGACACUAGUACAUCCUUCCCAUCAAACUGUGACGUUACCACAAGCUUCCCCUCAACCUGCGACACUACUGCAGCCUUCUCUUCAAACUCUGACAAUACUACAACCUUACCUUCAAAUUGUGACGCUACUUUAGCCUUCCCUUCAAACUGUGACCCCACUACACCCUUCACUUCAAAUUCUG